AUGCGGGCAUGGACCGAGCCGACGCUCCAUGGGUCGCAGCUCAUCUACCCGCUCUUCAUCACGGCUCGCCCGGACGACAACCCCAUCCGCGGACUCGAACCCAACGUGCAGUGGGGCAACCGCAACAACUACGCGACCCUCGUCGCACACUUGGACGGCCUCGUCGCGAAGGGCCUGCGCAGCGUCAUGCUGUUCGGGGUCGUGGACAACAAGGACGCCGAGGGAUGCAUGGCGGACGACCCGUCGACCCCCGUCAUGGAGGUCAUGAAGGUCCUGCGCACCGAGCUGCCGUCGCUCCUCGUCGCGUGCGACGUGUGCAUGUGCGAGUACACGGACCACGGCCACUGCGGCCUGCUCCGGACGUCGCUGGACGGCGAAGAGAUCAUCGACAACGCGGCGACCGUGGCCCGGCUCGGCGACAUCGCGCUCGCGUACGCCAAGGCCGGCGCGCACAUGGUGUGUCCGUCCGACAUGAUGGACAACCGCAUCGGCGUGAUCCGGUCGACGUUGAACCAGCACGGGUUUGCGCACGUCAGCAUCAUGGCGUACACGUCCAAGAAGGCGUCGUGCAUGUACGCGCCGUUCCGCGACGCAGUCGAGUCGACGUUCAAGGGGGACCGGAAGCGGUACCAGCAUCCCGUCGGGAGUGUGUCGCAUGCGCUGCUCGCGUACGACCGCGACGUGGCGGAGGGCGCCGACACGGUGAUCGUCAAGCCGAGUCUGUUCUACGCCGACAUUGUGCGGACGCUGAGCGACAAGAAGCUUGUGCCGGUCGCGUGCUACGUCGUGUCGGGCGAGUACAAGAUGCUCAAGGACUACGGCGACUCGACGGGGUCCAUGGACGCGGUCGUGCGCGAGGCCCACUUGAGCCUUGUCCGCGCUGGCGGGAGCAUCCUGAUCACGUACUUUACGCCGUUCAUCUUGGAGCGCCUUUUAGAUGGAGCGUCCAAGUCGAGUGCACUCCCGAUGGACUCCAUGUGCCGAGAAUUCACCGAAACUGGAACAUGCAAGUAUGGAUAUCGAUGCAAGAUGCUCCAUGUCAUCGAUGGUAUUCUGAACGGAGACGUGAGGGUCCAUCCAAGUGCAACACAGCAAAAACGACCACCAUCACCCGAACACAGCGCUCGAGUGCCCGCGCAUGCAUCCCGCCCACUCCACUCUACUGAUUCGAACCAGACGCAUUCGCCGCCCCUAAAAUCUUCGCAGCCAACCGUGCGCGCGAAAUCGCAUUCGUCCGACCUGAAGCAGCAUCAGCACUCUCACAAGCACAACCGGUCUUCCAAGCAAAGGCUGCGAUCAAAGUCCACAUGCGACAACAAUCGCUGCCACAACGUUGGGCAUCAUCGCCACAACGCGUCGUCCUCCAACAACCAAGACGACAAUCCGCCAGCUGCCGACGAGUUGAUUCCGCCAGUUCCCCCACCGAACAAUUUGCCCUUCAACGACUCCACCAUGCACCGGUGGCUCUCCCAUGAAAUCGAGACUUGCGUCGAUCGCGUCGAUGUCACCAUGCACCUGCUUCGCGACAAGCAACGGCGCGCCACGGCCGCCUUGAACCGCCUCGUGCAAGACUUGUACCCAGCAUCGCAAGUCGAAGUGUACGGGUCGACUUACACCCAGCUCUGCCUGCCUCACAGCGACGUGGACUGCGUGAUCGUGUUGCCGACCACGGAUGGCAUCCCAUGCCCCAUUGACAUGCUCGAGACAGUCAUGACGGCCCUUGGCGCGUGUCCAUGGGCUGGCCAUCUCGAGCUCGUCCGGAGCGCUCGCAUUCCGAUUUUGAAGCUGCAGUUUGUCAAAGGAAAGCUCCCGGUCAAAAUGGACAUCACAUGCAGUCACUCGCCUGGACACAGCGGCAUCGAAGCGAGGACACUCGUCGACGAGUACCGCCUCGCGAUGCCAGCGCUCCGGCCGCUCGUGCUCGUGCUCAAGGCGCAUUUGCACGCUCAAGGACUCAACGCAUCGUACUCGGGAGGGCUGUCGUCAUAUGCGCUCGUUGUGCUCGUCGUACGAUUUCUCCAAUUUCAAGGCGACGUCCAUUCUGCGUUUAUGGAGGAGCUCGAGCCGCAGUACGAUGGCGUGUACGACAUGCAGCCGUGCAUGAUCUACACGUUUUUCCGGAAUGGUAGGUUGAGCCGGCGAGACGAUAUGAGCUGACAUGAGAUGCGGCGGCUCUAGGGCUUGUUGUGUGGCAAGGCACGAUUGGAAUGCUACUGCUCCAGUUCCUCGAUCUCCAUCUUCAAUUCGACUUUGGUCGGUAUGGCAUCUCGAUUGCGCAUGGCGGGUGCGUUUCGUGAACGAGUCGCUCGUUGACGUCGGUGACGUGCUGAAUCGGUAGAGAGUACUUUGAGAUUGACACGCCCGGCCACGCCUCGUUUCCACCUGUGUCGCCCAUGGUGCACAUCAUGGACCCACUGCGCUACAACCGCACCAUUGGCAAUUCCUUCCGCAUCCACGAGAUUGUCCAUGCGUGGCAAGUAUGGCUUGAACAGAUCCUACAGCGCGUGCCGCUCGCGAACUCCUUCGCGCAGUAGCAGCGUCCCCGCUGUUCCGCCGAUCGCGUCGUCUUAUCUAAUGUUACAAUUCCUCCGC